UACCUAUUAUCAGUGACGAACGGAUCAUCGCUUUCGCGAAGUGACAGUGACCCGUCAGCGGGAAUAGUUACUCGCUGCGUGCGCCACAUAUAACUCGAUAAUGGAGGACCAACAGCUCCUAAUCAAUACCUAUUUGACCACCUUCGCACCUGAAAUGGUCGCAAUCGGCCUGAACGCAUUUCUGUACCUCGUGAUCAGGCGGUCCGAGAAACUUCAGAAAUCGUCUCUGAUCAGAAAAGAUGUGGCGAUCAGCCUCGUCAUCGGUGGAAUCGCGACGAUAUUUUUCCAAAUUAUCGCCAAUUUCGGGAGAGGCUAUAUGGAUCUCCACUUCACCCUGUGCGCGGGAAUGGCUUAUGCUUGCCAAGUUUGCCUCGGAGUCAUGCGUUGCGCUAUCCUGGUGGCUGCUUACCAUCGCUACGCGAGUAUCGGCGGUGCAAGAUGUGGUUUCAGUGAUUUGACCUGGAGGGAUCUGACCCUGUUCGUUUGGACUUUCCCCCUCGUCCUCGAGAGUCCUACACUUCUGAGUUUCGGUAUCGAAUCCGGCAUCUGCGGGUUUCUUCACGCUCAUCUAGCUAUGGCCUACAUCACAUGUAUUGCGACGUUGGCAGUUGCUCCUUUACUGAUCUACGGUGUGCUGCUACAACUGACGUUGUCGGCGCUGCCUGACAACGUCGCGCUCUCUGAGGAUCAGCUCAUCCUGAAACGUUCGACGAAAAUAGCGAGAGGAGUUCUCGUAGGAGGUUUCGUCCUCUUCCUGCCCAUACAGGUCAUUCUUGGAGGCGACAUGGCUGACGAUCAGAAGGAAGAGAGCGUUCGAACGAAAAACAUCAAACAGACGGAAAUUCUCGUCGACCUGAGAGAAGCCAUCCUCCAAGUAAGUCAUCCCUGGACGUUCACCGGCUACUGA